AUGUACAUCAAAAGCGUUGUAAUCCAAGGAUUCAAGACUUAUAAAAAUACCACAGUCGUCGAAGACCUUUCUCCCCACUUCAACGUCGUAAUAGGAGGUAAUGGGUCCGGUAAAUCGAAUUUCUUUGCCGCUGUGAGGUUUGUGCUGAGCGAUGACUACAGCAACCUGAAAAGAGAGGAGAGACAGGGCCUCAUUCACCAAGGAACAGGCUCUGUGAUGAGUGCAUAUGUUGAAAUUGUCUUUCAUGAUCCAAACGGGCAAAUGAUGAUGACAUCAGGCAUCCCUAUGACUGAGGAGAAGCUAGUCCGCGUAAGAAGAACGAUCGGCUUGAAGAAAGAUGAACAUUCAGUAAAUGGAAAGACGUGUCAUAAGAGUGAUAUCACACGAAUGUUUGAAAGUGUCGGAUUCUCCUCGUCCAACCCUUACAACAUAGUUCCUCAGGGUCGCAUCGUGGCAGUGACAAAUGCCAAGGACAAAGAACGGCUGGCUUCAUUAGAAGAAGUUGUGGGAGCCAAAUCUUUUGAAAUCAAAUUGCGAGAGUCAACUAAGAAAAUGGAUGCUACAAAUAGGGAUCGCGCCAAAAUUGAUACGGAACUUGCAGAAUUGAGAACAAGAUUAGAGGAAUUAGAUGAGGAACGUCAAGAGUUGGAAAAGUAUCAAGAGCUCGAACGUGACAAGAGGAUUUUUCAGUUUCUUCUCUACGAUCGAGAGCUGAACGAGGUAACAAGUCAAAUUGAGAAUCUCGAAGAUGAAUAUAACCAGAUAGUACAGUCUUCCGAGGAAUUCAUUCAAGAGCUGUCUAAGCGCGAAACUCUGAUCGCCAAUGUGGGCAAAAACAUGGAAAGUGUGAAGGCUGAACUUAAGGUCAAAGAAGCAACCGAUCUGCUACAGGAGAAGUCGCGCCUAUCAGAAGUGACGAAAACAAAAGCCGACCUAGAAGUUCGCCUCGAUGAGAUCAAGCGGCAAAUCGAUUCUCGUCGUGGGCAAAAAGAAUCAGAUGCUAGAAAUAUGGCUGUACUAGAAGGGGAGAUCAAUAAAGCCAACUCUCAAUUGGAUCGCCUGUUACCAAGAUUUGAGCAAUUACGCCACGAAGCUAAAGGUUAUGAAGAGGAGCUUUCAAAUCUGAAUAGAAGACAAAGAGAAAUGACAUCAAAGAGAGGGAUUUACUCAAGGUUCAGCAAUCAAGAAGAGCGUGACAAAUGGCUGGACGAGGAGCUAAAAUCUUUGGAAGUACAGGCCACUGAGGCGAGUUCACAGCUUUCCACGCUAUCAACGGAGAAGGAACAUCUUCUUAUCGAUAUAAAAAAGCUCGAAGAAGAGAUCGCGGAACUCAAUGACUCUGUGCGCGGUCCCGGAGUAGCCGCAGAACUGGAGGACCUCACCGCAAGCAGCAGUGAGAUGAAAAGACGGUACCUGGAAAAGAUUGAUGAACGCAAAGAGCUCUGGAGGUCAGAACAAAAGCUGCAAACAAUUUCAGAAUCACUCGAGGACGCAGUCAAACGUUCCGAAAGGAGUUUAUCGGAAACCAUGGAUAGAGGCUUGGCCAACGGACUGAAUGCUGUGAAAGAGAUCGCAAAACGUUUAAAACUCCCAAGUGGGUCCGUUCAUGGCCCUCUUGGGGAAUUAAUCAAAGUGAACGAGAAAUACAAGCUAUCUGCCGAGGCUGUUGGCGGUAACUCAUUACUUCAUGUCGUGGUUGAUACUGACGAGACUGCUAGUAUUUUGAUGCAAGAGCUCUACCGCACCAAGUCCGGGAGAGUCACCUUCAUGCCUCUAAACAGAUUGGCUACAAAUUUUGCCGUCUCUUAUCCUGACACGUCGCAGGUCGAUUGUACUCCUCUGAUGUGGAAGAUCAAGUAUGAGAAGUGCUUUGAGUCUGCCGUGAGACAUGUAUUUGGAAGAACUUUGGUUGUUCGCGAUUUGGGGGCGACCGCUAAGCUAGCCAGAGAUCAUAAUCUCGACUCGGUAACUCUUGAUGGAGACCGGGCUAACAAGAAAGGUCUCAUUACCGGUGGAUACCACGACUACCACAAGAAGAUGAAGCUCGAUGCUCUAAAAGAAAUCAAAGCUGCCAAAGUCCAGUUUACUGAGGCGUCCAAGGACCUCGAGAGUGUGAGGGCACAGAUUGCUGCCGCUGAUUUGGAGAUUGACCGCGUUAAUAGCGAGCUGAAAAGUCAUUCAAUUAGAAAGGAGGCUAUUCUCACCAAUAUCGAGCUUCUUAGAGCCAAAUUAAGCAAAUCAUCGGCGGAGGUUACUUUCAAAAAGGAAUUGUUGAAAGGAAUAAGCGCCAAGGUCGAGAAAAGUAAUACAUCGAUCAAUUUGGCGAGAGAUAAGAUUUCGCGCUAUCAAGUUGACUUGGAGCGGCCCUUCGAAAAGAACUUGUCUCCAGAGGAAGAGCAGAGCUUACAGUCACUUGUGGGCCAAAUGAAAAGACUGGAAGAUCCACUAAGUACAACGAGAGAGGCCCUUGACGAGGUCAGUACAAGAAUAGACCUGAUAAAGGCAGAGCUCAAUUUAAAACUCUAUGCACAAAAGAGAGAACUGGAAGCAAGAAUUUUGGCAACUGAGACUGCCAAUCAAUUUAUACGCGAUGAAGAGGUACGCAGUCUGAGCGAGAAGCUGAAAACUAUGACUUCGAGAGAGCAACAAUUGUCAGAUUCUGUCUCCAAGAUUAUGGAGGAGAUUGUGGCACUAAAUGACGAAAUUGCAGCGAACGAGAGACUACAAGAGAAGGGAAAUACUCAGCAAAGGGUACUUUUAAAGAAGUUAGAUAGCUUCCAAAAGACGGCGGAAAAGUCUGUAGUCAAAAAGACAACUCUUAUAUCUCGUCGUGAUGAAGUUCAGCAGAAAAUAAGCGAAAUUGGCUUGCUUUCAGAAGAUUUGCUAGAAAGGUAUCAAAAUCUUGAAAGUGAAGAGACUCUUCGAAAGCUCAAUGCAGUGAAUAAGAAAAUCUCUAAGAUGAGCAACAUUAAUCGCCGCGCUAUCGAGAAUUUCAGAAAGUUCAACGAGAAGCGACAAGAGAUGGAGGCAAGAGCACAAGAACUGACACAGUCAAAAGAAUCUAUUGAGAAAUUGAUAGAGUCUCUCAAAAUGCAAAAGGUUGAAGCCGUGGAAGCUACCUUCGAGAAGGUAGCCCAGAAUUUCAGUGCUAUAUUCGAAAAACUCGUACCGAGCGGUGCUGGAAAGCUCAUUAUUCACAAAAGUGCUGAACGUAGCAAGCGCAGUGAGACGGUGCGAAACGAGGAUAGCAUAACAAGUACUGCCGAGGAGGAAAGUGUUGACGCCAUCUACACAGGCGUAUCGAUCUCUGUCUCCUUUAACUCCAAGAAUAAUGAGCAACUAUAUGUGGAACAACUGUCUGGUGGACAGAAAACUGUUUGUGCAAUCGCUUUGAUUUUGGCAAUACAGGUUGUCGAGCCAGCUCCAUUUUACCUAUUUGACGAAAUUGACGCAGCCUUAGACAAGCAAUACAGAACAUCUGUUGCGAGCAUGAUCAAAGAGCUUUCUAGCCACGCUCAGUUCAUUUGCACCACCUUUAGAACCGACAUGCUGCAGCUUGCAGAUUCGUUUUAUCGGGUGAAGUUCGACAACAAGAUAUCUGAGAUACAAGAGGUAACGCAGCAGGAUGCGAUGAAGUUCACGAAAAGAAGAAGCAAGAUGGGCGAACUUUGA